GGGGCCGCUGUGAGGAGAGCGCUUCGUUUUAUUUUGGACCAGCGCUUGCGCUUCCUGUGUGGUGUCUAUGGUGGUUGGCACAGUUUCCGAGCUAGUUUGUAGUACGGAAUACGGCGACAAAGAUAAAACACUUUUCAAAGUGUAUGUUUCCUUGAAGCUGUUGGCUGCUAUUAUUCAGAAGUGUGGGAAGCCGUCGUCCGAAUUAGUGAUGUAGUUUAGGUAUUCUUAUUUUCAUGAGUCAUGUGUGUUGCUGAAUCGCUAGGACGGUAUUAUCUCAGUAGUGCAUUUUGCUUUGCGAUUUCCUUAGAUAGGUGAGUGUUUUUUGUUUGUACGUAACCAGCAGCUCAUAUGAAUCUAAACUUUGUUUCUCUUUUGGUGCAACCUUUUCCUUCUGUUUUUAUCUGCCCACGUGUAUAACGCUAGAAGUUAGCUCCAAACCAUUACUGAGAUUGGUUACAGUUACAAGUGAAUUAUAAAACUUGAAACGUAAGUAUCGUCGUUUAUACGAUUAGCUGAAAUUAAAUGUCUACAUGUGUGGUCAUUCUAAACAUUAUUCAAGAAAUACUUUGGUGCCCCCUCCCUCCCAUGAUUCUGUUUGAUUAGUUUAAGGCGUGCGCUGUGGAAGCUGAUGGGAUAACACAAGACACCUAUUCGGUUUCAGUUGAAUUGAAACAACAGAAUAGUUGUCAACAACAGAAGUUUUGUCCGCCCUAAAACGUCUUUUUGCACAAUACCAGAUUUGGGCACAUGUUCUGCUCCUUCAGUACGAGGUUUCAACAAAAGGGGAAAUACACCUUCACGCACAGCUGACCUGUGGUCUUGUGUUGCCACUCUGAUGUCGGCUCAGCCAGCCGGCUUGUGCCGUGCGUCUGUGCUAGAGCAGCCGGGGUGUCGCUCUCUUCCGCAGCGGUGUUUCUUGAGCUAUGUGACCCAUGCCAGCUGCCCUUGCCCGUGAGAUGGAGGACGAGUGCCCGACCCUGAGACCUCGCCGCAUCCAGAACCAGAACGUGGUCCACCGCCUGGAGCGCCGGAGGGUCUGCUCGGGCCGGCCCGGGGCGCACUGGUACCGGGUGCGCUGCUUCCAUCAGAACCUCUUCCCCAACUUCACGGUGGUGAACGUGGAGAAGCCGCCGUGCUUCCUGCGCAAGUUCUCCCCGGACGGGCGCUGCUUCAUCGCCUUCUCCCUGGACCAGACCUCGCUGGAGAUCUACGAGUACCAGGGCUGCCAGGCGGCAGAGGACCUGCUGUGGGGCCAGGAGGGCGAGACGCUGGCCAACGGCAACGACCAGCGCUCCCUCAGCAUCCGCGGCCGCCUCUUCGAGCGCUUCUUCUCCCUGCUGCACGUCACCAACGUGGCCUCCAGCGGCGAGCACCUGAACCGCGAGUGCAGCCUCUUCACCGACGACUGCCGCUACGUCAUCGUGGGCUCCGCCGCCUACCUGCCCGAGGAGCCCCACCCCCACUUCUUCGAGGUGUACCGCAACAACGAGUCGGUGACGCCCAACCCGCGCUCGCCGCUGGAGGACUACUCCCUGCACAUCAUCGACCUGCACUCCGGCCGCCUCUGCGACACGCGGGCCUUCAAGUGCGACAAGAUCAUCCUGUCGCACAACCAGGGGCUCUACCUCUACCGCAACAUCCUGGCCGUGCUCUCGGUGCAGCAGCAGACCAUCCAUGUCUUUCAGGUGACCCCAGAAGGUACCUUCCUCGAUGUACGGACGAUAGGCCGCUUUUGCUAUGAGGAUGACCUCCUGACCCUUUCGGCCGUGUACCCCGAGGCCCAGGCUGAGGGGCAGCCGGGCUUCUCCCGCCUCUACAAGGAGAAGACCAUCAAUUCCCUGAAGCACCGUCUCCUGGUGUACCUGUGGCGGCGGGCGGAGCAGGACGGCAGCGCCACAGCCAAGCGCCGCUUCUUCCAGCUGUUCGACCAGCUGCGCCAGCUGCGCAUGUGGAAGAUGCAGCUGCUGGACGAGCACCACCUCUUCAUCAAGUACACCAGCGAGGACGUGGUCACCCUGCGCGUCACCGACCCCUCUCAGCCCUCGUUCUUCGUGGUGUACAACAUGGUGACCACGGAGGUGCUCGCGGUGUUCGAGAACACGUCGGACAAGCUGCUGGAGCUGUUCGAGAACUUCUGCGACCUCUUCCGCAACGCCACUCUCCACAGUGACGCCGUGCAGUUCCCCUGCUCCGCCUCCAGCAACAGCUUUGCGCGGCAGGUACAGCGGAGGUUCAAGGACACGAUUGUCAAUGCCAAGUAUGGGGGGCACACUGAGGCGGUGAGGCGGCUGCUGGGCCAGCUGCCCAUCAGCGCCCAGUCCUACAGCAGCAGCCCCUAUCUGGACCUCUCGCUCUUCAGCUACGAUGACAAGUGGGUGUCUGUGAUGGAGCGCCCCAAGACCUGCGGGGACCAUCCGAUAAGAUUUUAUGCCCGGGACUCGGGGUUAUUGAAGUUCAAGAUCCAAGCUGGACUUUUAGGCCGUCCUAUUAAUCCCACAGUGCGGCGGCUGGUGGCUUUCACUUUCCACCCCUUCGAGCCCUUCGCGAUCUCUGUGCAGCGAACCAACGCGGAGUACGUAGUUAACUUCCACAUGCGCCAUGUGUCCGUCUGAGGGGAUGGGAACGGGAGACGUCGGAGGGACUAGGUGCCACAGAUCGGCCCUGCGGUCUGUGGCUCUGCGGCAGGCUGCUGAGCACGCCAGUCUUGACGGAACCUCAACACACCGCUGGUCUGCGUGGUCUGACGGCUCAUGCUGGCGUGGCUGCCGCCCUGGUUACUGCGUCUGGUGAGGCGCGCGCGGGCAGAGCACCUUCUGAGGUCAGGGGAUUUCACUAGGACUGAUGUUUCAGUAGGCGGUGAAACUUCAGGUCCUUAAACAUGAAAGCAUGAAACUAUGCUAAGACCGGAGUUCACGUUCUUUCUUAAUGUCGGUUUUAAGUGAGUGCGAAUCUGCAGCUACUUCAGAUUUCUUCAGAUCCUUUUUAUUUUUAGAGACCUUUUGGCUAAAGUGAGCAGCUGUUUUUAUUGUUUUUUAAAUUGAUUACUUGUGCAGUUUGGCUCAAUAAAUUUGUUUUGUUGUUUUUAA